UGACCCACACACAUCAUGGGUUGGUAACAAACAGAAGGACAACUAAAGGGCUUAAUUUGCACUUUUGCACUCAUUUGAAAGUGUAUACAAUAAUUUCUUGGAUGUUAGGAGGCACUGACCAUUUGAGGCUGUGUGCAUAGGGGUUUUUCCUAAGCUACUUACAGCAACAGGUGCCAAAUUUUUUGCUUCCCUGUGGGGGGUCCUGGCACAAAUGCAAUUUUUAUCGUGACUCUUACAGGAAAGGCACAGAAAGACAGCGUGGUGCUUCCCAUCAGAAAACUAUUCCAGACAAGGGAAUUUACUCUGCUUACAGGCUGUUAGUGCAUGAGAGACAUGGAAGCGCGGUCCUCCACCAUCACGACUACCAUAGUUGAGAGCAAGAACGAUGUGAACGCACAGCCCGUUCGUUCGUCCAAACGCACCAUGACAGAUGACCUGCACUCCACGUUUAGCUCCCCCAUGGCCUGGAUUCUGGUGCUGGCUCUCAUUGUAACCUGGUCAGCCGUGGCCAUUAUUAUGUUUGACCUGUUGGACGCCAAAGGCCUUGAAGCCCAUACAUUACACUGUGACGACCCCUGUUUACCACCUGGACCUCAGUCGCACCGUGUCAGGAAAACAUUAAAGGAGGCAGGCAGCCUUAGAGGGGGUAUACAGCACAUCAGCCCUGAUCCCAUGAAGGCAGUGAACGAGGCCAUGGAUGACUCCCCUGAUUGGAUAACGUCAAUGUUGACUUUUAUGACUAAUUUGGUAGCACCAGAAGAGGAGGAGGAUGAUGAAGGUGAACGUCAUUCAGUGAGGAAAAAAGGAGAAUUCUUGCCAUCGAGGAAAAAAGUUGCAGAAAUACGUGCCAAAGAGAUCCUAGAGGAGGAAGGGGAGGAGGAGGAAAAAGAAGAAGAGAUGGUUUGUUAUGGAGAGGAGACUGAUGAGGAAGAAGAAGAGGAAGGGUUUGAACAGGAGGAGGAGGAGGAAGAGGAGGAGGAGGAAGAGGGAGAGGAGGAAGAUGAGGAGGAAGGAGCAGAUGUAGAAGCAGAGGAGAAGGAUGAGGAGGAAGAAGAAUCUUCUGAGGUUGCUAAAGAAGAGGAAGAAGAGGAUGAAGAAGAAGAGGAAGCAGCAGAGGAAGCAGUGGAAGUAAAAGCUGUGGAAGAUGCAAAGGAAGAGGAGGAGGAGGAAGAAAAGGAGGUGGAAGGAAAGGAGAAGGAAGAAGAUGAGGAAGAAGAGGAUGAAGCAAAGAAAGAAGGAAAGGAGAAGGAAGUAGAGGAGGAAGAAGAGGGCAAGGCAAAGGAAGACGAAGAGAAGGCACUCACAGAUUCAGAGGAAGCCCAAGAGAAAGAGGAAAAGAUAUAUGCUGAAGCAGAAGCAGAAGCAGAGAAGGCUGAGGAAGAGGAGAAAGAGGAAGCUGAUGAAGAAGAAGAUGAGGUGGCUCCUGAUCCUGCUUUCAAAAAGGAAGAUGACUCCAUCACUGCUGAACUUGAUGAGAAGGAAAAAGCUGCAGAACAAGUCACAUCUAAAGAAGUUAAGGCAGAUAAAGAUGAUGAGGAAGACAAAGCUGAUGCAGAUGAGGAGGUUCCUACAACCACUGCUGUUGAUACAAGACAAGAUAUUGAUGAUGAUCAGGAUAAAGAACCAAGCAAAGCAGAAGAGAAAGAUGACACCAAAGAUGACACCAAAGAUGAUCUAAUAUCUGAGACUACCAUCACCCCACCAUUGCCUAAAGUAGUUGUAGCUGACAUUCCUGCCCCUAAAGACAUUAAAAGAGCAGAGGAUGUUCUUGAGAGCAGGGUGAAGGUAGCAUCAGGACAUGAAGAACCAUCCUCGGCACCUAAAGAAGAAGACAAUGAUGAGGAUGAAGAAAAAGAUAAAGUCACUCCUGCUGAUGAUGAGAAAACUGAAGAAACCAAGGUCGUCUCUGAGGAUAUCGGUCUUCAUGACGAAUUAGAUACUGAUACAGAUGAAAAAGAAGAUGAGAUAGAUGAUGGAAAACCAGCCGAGCCAGACCUUACAGAGGCUACCAUUAAAGAUGAUGAAGAUACUAAAGAUAGAGACCAAAAAGAUGACCAAAGAGAGGAGAUAGAACUUAAUGGUGAAAAUGAUAGCGAUAUCGAUGUAGUGCUUGGUAUCGUAGCCGGUGCUGGUGCUAUAGUCACUGAUGUUGAGGCACAAGAAACUGGUGAAGAAUCUAUACUUCAUAAAGCUGAUGCUGAUAAAGAGAUACUAACAGCCAUAAAGGAGAGUGCUACUGAAGCUGAUGCCACAGUGGCUGAUAUAGGUGACUCACAAGAUGGCUUAAACACUGCUGACAUUCCACUUGACGAUGAGCAACCUAGCUUAGCUGUUUCAAAUGUUCAUGAUGACAAUGGUACACCAGACAGUCUUGAAGAUGAUGAAGAUAUUAUAGUAACAGAACCUAUGGUUAGUUCUGAACAAGAUGGAGAUGAGACAACAGUGGUGGUUGAUAAAGACAGUGACUCUACACCUGAGACAGACAUAGAAACACAGCAGGAAGACCAUAAAGAAGAAAAGGAAGAGAUUGCUAAAACAGAGGAAAUAGUGGGAAAAGAACCAGAACCAGUCCCUAAAGGGGCAGUUGAGGAAGUGAAGAAAAAGGAGAAGGCCGAGAUACCCGUGAAAACAGCAGAGUUUGAGGAAGAAGACAAACAAAAAGAGUCCUCUACCUGUCCUUGUAUGCAUUCACAAAUGCAUAAAGAGCCUCAAAAAGCCCAAGACACGAAACCAAAGGAAGAAAAAGAACCUGCUGUUACCAAAGAUAAAUUAAAACCUUCAGCUGCAAAGAAAGAGCCAGUGAUCACUAAAGAGAAGGCAAAACCUACCUCUGCUAAGAAAGUAACCAGAGAAACCAAGUCAGCAACUGCAAAGAAAGGACAUGGAUUAUUGUGCAUAAAGCCAACAUCUCAGGUUGUUUCCUGGGAGUAAAUGUAAUGAUCUGUACACUUAGUUUAACCCUUGGUUGAACUCUGCAUCACCCUCUGCUUUUGGUUAUCAAUUGCUCACAAAUGCUUCUGAAACAUAUGUAGAUUCAGAGAUCAUUGAAAAUUACAUGUUGUUUUUAAUGACUCACCACUUGACAUUAUUUAUUUUAUCUGAUGCUACAAAAUGCCUGCAGUGAUGCAUCUAAACUUUACAUGAAAGUCAGUCUCAUGAAACAUUGUGUCUGUCAUCGUAUUAAGAUGUAAAGUAUGGAUAUGGGUGAUUGCAUGAGGAAAGCGUUUGUAUUUUUUAUGUAACAUACCAGUAACAACAAAGAGAACUGAAGAAGUUUUGUGCCAGUGCACUGCUGCCUUUGAAGUUCCUGCUGUUGAAUUGAAUUUUAAGAUGGAAAAGAAUAAAGUACCUGUUAUUCAUAUGAUUAUUUUAUGACACGAAAAAUACGUGUAAAGAGGAGAAAGUUUUAAAGGAAAUGAAGCCCAUUGCAGAAGGUAGGUUAUUUCAAAAAGCACUGAACAAUACAGUAGAUGGUGCUUGCUAAGACAAGCAUACAUAUUCCUCUUACUUAAGAUUAGGGAUUUGAACAAAUUUUGUUCAAAAUUUUGUUGUGAUAUAUUUUUGAUAAAAAAAUAUAUCGUUUUCAUAUAUACAGUAAAUUUCAGUGAAUAUACCUUAUCUAUAAAAUAAUUCUGGGGGUCUUGCCAUAAAUGUGUUGAAGACUAAAUGUUCUAGAGGGGAAUUGCAUCCUCAGAACAGGAGGGAAGAGAUUUCAGUCAAUAAUCAUCAUGCAAACAUCUCAGUUUAAUGAAUGAUCUUGGUCCAUCAUGAACGAUAAGUCACUACAUUUUAAAUUCCUAAUGUACUAUAUGGAAUUAUUGAGUGCAAAGCCUCUCGAGUUGCUGACAGGAAAUCAGUAUACAAUAUUUAUGUGCUUUUAACUUCUUUAGUUCAUUGAAUCCUGUAAGGGCCAACAUGUCAAAUACUGCAGGGGCAUGCCAUUCUGUAUACUGUAAUCAACAAGCAUAAUUAAAAGAAAAGAUCAA